GUAUUACGUAAAUAUGCUUAUCUCCAUUCGCGCCCUCGAAGAGAGCUUUAAUGCACUGCUUUGGGAAUCCAUGCAGAUAAAACAGUGCAACAGUCCUGCGUUCCUACAUUUGGAACGAUCUUCUUCAACAUUUCCGAUCAUUUUAAGGCCGAUACACAAGAUUCACAGAGAUAUUUCAGUCUUCUUGGUUUCCAGCCAUGGCCGCCAAGACAAAUUUUACAGCAAUGCUGGCGCUUUAUUUACUCUCACUGAUGUUCAUGGCCGGGGCGCACGCCAGAAAAGUAAAUAAAGACAGCAUCUUUGACGUGCAAGCUGCUCUGAGAGCAGCCAGAGGCGGAGCAGCACAAAGAUUCGAGGCAAAAGCUGUGGAAGAAGAAGAAUUAGCUGAUCAAACCCUAGCCGUAACCCUAACGCCUCCUUUGAAAGAAGCAGCAGCUGAACAGCAAACCCUAGCCGUUCCUCUGGUACACAGAGAUGCAGUCGCAGGAGCCACGAAUUGGACCUACGAGCAACGCAUAAAGCAGAUGCUGAAGCGCGACGCUGCGCGUGUGGCCGCCAUUUACGACCGUCUGUCAAACCUCACCGCAAAGCGGCCGUUAAUGGAGUCGGGGGGAGUAGAAAUCCCUGUAAUGUCAGGCAAAGGGGAAGGCAGUGGCGAAUAUUUUACGCGCAUCGGCGUCGGCACACCAGCACGGCAGCAGCUCCUUGUCCUCGACACAGGCUCCGACAUAACCUGGUUACAGUGCCAGCCAUGCGAGGACUGUUACAGCCAGUCUGACCCCAUUUUCAACCCUGCAUUUUCUUCAUCCUUCAACGGCGUCUCCUGUGACUCGAACCUAUGCCGCCAGCUCGACCAGUCCGGUUGCAGCCGCCAAGGUAACUGCCAGUACCAGGUCAGCUAUGGUGACGGAUCCUACACAGUCGGUAGCUUCGACACGGAGACCGUUACUCUCGGUAAAACUCGUGUGAGCAACGUUGCCUUCGGGUGUGGCCAGGAUAACGAGGGGCUCUUCGUCGGAGCUUCCGGAUUGCUCGGCCUUGGUGGCGGCGCAUUUUCUCUGCCUUCACAGCUGUCACAUUCCAACGGUAAUAUUUUUUCCUAUUGUCUGGUUUACCGGGACUCUAGUGCCUCCAGUACUUUACAGUUCGGCCGGGAAGCGGUUCCGCGGGAGGCGGUUUUUGUGCCGUUGCUGAAAAACAGCCGAAUAAACACAUUUUACUACGUUUCCCUUGCCGGAAUCAGCGUCGGCGGGAACAUGCUGAACAUCCCUGAAUCCGUCUUUCGGAUCGAUGCCACCGGCAACGGCGGCGUCAUUUUGGACUCCGGCACCCCCGUGACUAGGCUCCAACGCGGCGCUUACGUGGCACUCCGGGAUGCUUUCGUGGCUGGAAUGGGGAAUCUGCAGUUGAGUGACGGGUUUGUGUUAUUUGACACGUGUUAUAAGUUCCCGAAUAGGGUUUCUGUUACGGUGCCGAGUAUUGCUUUUCAUUUUUCAAACGGCGUUAGUUUGCCGUUGCCGGCGAAAAAUUAUCUGGUUGCCGUGAAUAGUCGGAAGAUUUGUUUGGCCUUCGCGCCGGUGUCGUCGGGGAUGUCGAUCAUCGGAAGUAUUCAGCAGCAAGGGAUACGCGUGUCGUUUGACCCGGUCAACGCUCGUGUGGGAUUUGCUGUCAACAAGUGCUGAACAAAUCUGUCGUGCAGAAGAAUGCUUGUUGAAUGGUUUUUCUUUGUCGUCAGAGUCUAGGUAGUUCUUAGAUUUUUUAUUUGGACUUAGAUUUAUAAUAAUUUGUAGGGCACUGUUUUAACUGGUUUGCGUAUAUAUAGUUUUUUGACAGUAGCUAUGGUGACUGUCCUUUUUCCUUGUAUUAGCAAAAGACAUUUUAUUGAUAUGGUAGGGAAUACAAGGGAGAAUUGUAGGGAACGCACUUUUUAUCUGAAUAGUUAAUUACUAAUUUGUAAAAUCAAAUAAUAUAAAGUUUAAUUAGCCGAA